AUGCCUCGCGCAAAAUCCGUCAAACCAGAGGUCGCACCCAAGACCGAGGCCGACCUCAAGCAAAUCACCAUUGACAAAGCCGAGUUUGUUCGCACUCGCGACGCGCUCGUCACAUCAUGGAUCACUCUCCAGAACGCCCUUAAGAAUGCCACCAGCGCAUACAUCGACCACUCCAACGCUGUCCUCGGCGGCACCGUCGACCUCGACCCUAGCCAAAUGGACCUCGGCGCAUUCCUCCAAUCUGGCGACCUUGUCACUGUUGGCGGUGGCGCUCCAGCUGCUCCGGAGAAGAAGACGAGAAAGAAGGCCGAGCCUAGAGAUCCCAACCAGCCCAAGCGUCCCUUGACGGCCUACCUUUUGUGGCUGGGCGAGAACCGCGAGAAGAUCCACUCCGAGCUCGGUCCUGAGCAGAAGAGAGGCGAGAUCUCGUCAGAGGGUACAAAGAGAUGGAAGAUGUUGCCCGAGGAGGUCAAGCAGAAAUACAAGGACGCAUACCAAGCCUCGCGCGAGAUCUACAACAAGGAGUUUGCAGACUUCAAGGCCAAUGGCGCACCCGUCGCUGCAGACAGCCCCGAUGCUGAGGAAGACGUGGAGGCCGAGGAGGAGGCAGCCCCUGCCGCUGCUGGUGCAGACUCAGACGAUGAAUCAGACGAUGACAGCACCUCGGACGAGGAAGAGGCACCGCCAAAGGAGCCCACUCCUCCCCCAGUCAAGACUCCCAAAUCUGCCCUGAAGGGUGGCCGCAAGAAGGCCGCUCCCCCAGCUUCAUCCCCUCCACUUCCCGCCUCGAGCCCUGUCAAGAAGGGAGCCUUCACUGCCGUCAACGGCUCAAACAAGCGCAAGAGCAAGACAACCGACGCCGAAGCUGUGGCCGAGGAACCCAAGAAGAAGCGUGGUCGCAAGGCCAAGGAGGAGGAGGUCGCCGUUCCUGCAUCCACCCCUGCUGAGCCACCAGCCAGCGCAAAGAAGGAAAAGAAGGAGAAGAAGAAGGGUCGCAAGAGUGUUGGCGGUGAGGCUUAG